AUGGGAUCAAGUGCCAAAAAGAAGAGAGAAAAGAAGGCCGACUUUCAAAAGACGAAGCUCAAAGUCGGCAAGACCAAGGCAAAGGCGGCCAACUUCACCGACACGAGUUUCAAGGCAAAGUCGAUUGUCCUCAACCAGCAGUCGCUCUCGACAGCCGCGCCUUCGAUCGAUCAGCAGUUCGCGCACCAACUGUCGCUCGCCAGUUCAAAGACCGACUCGCAGCGCCGCGAUGCCAUCAACUACCUGACCAACACCAUCACCGAACGCCCGAACAAUCUACCCUUGCCCGUCGCGACCAUCCUGCCAAAGAUCCAGCCUCUGAUCCUCGAUGCCUCAAACUCUGUCCGCGCCGCCCUCACAAAACUGCUGCGUGCCCUGCCGCCUGCCCAUGUCGCCACACAUGUCGAUCACAUGCUGCUGUACGUGCGCGCCGGUAUGACACACCUGGCUGCCGAGAUCCGCAACUCGUCACUCGACGUGCUCGAGUGGCUACUGCAGACUGCCGGUCAAGAACUGGUCAGCUGCGCCGGCGGCUGGCUCAAGACACUCCACUGCUUCCUGACCCUCCUGGGCUGGCACUCGGCCACACAACCCGGAAACUGGUCCUCUGAGCGCGCCGUCUCCUUUGGCAAGCCCGGUUCCGCAGCAUCGAAACUGCUGAUCAAGCAAUUGAACAUCUUGACCAUGUUCUUGCGUGCUGGCUUUACCGAUGCAGACGCUUCUGGAAACCCUGCCGCUGCAAACGCCUCCUGUUUCCCUCUGUGCAGCGCCGAACACCAGCUUCUCUACGCUCGAUCCAAUCCCUUCCGCGGCCUCAAUCUCUUUGGCGCUCCCAAGGAUGCAGAAAAUGCCAUGUAUGACGACGCUGAGGCUAGAAAGAGAGCAUUUGACGAUGCAACUGUACGCACAGUAGCCCGUGGUGUUUCGGCGGCGAAGAAAGAAGGUGGUGAGAUUGGUAGAGCGGCUUCUGGUUUGGAGAAGGCUCUGCUUGAUGGCAUGGGCGAGUUUCAUCGAGACACCGAGUAA